UACUGGGUUUCCAAAAAGCAAUAUUGGUGCAAAUACUGCUCCAUAUUCAUCCGCGAUGAUGCACCCUCCCGGCGCAUGCACGAGACCGGUCUCAAGCACUCUGGCAACAAAGAGCGCUUCAUCCGGGACCUUUAUCGCAACGGUAACAAGGCCAAGAUUGAAAAGGCCGAGGAGGCGGUACAAAUCGCCAGAAUAGAAGCUGUGACCGGGACUGGCGCCUCUGCAUCACGCCUCUCCACUCUCGACGCCCUCCGCGCCCAAGCUACACACCGCCCCCGCGAACCCUCUCGUCCCGCCGACAAACUCGCCAACUACUCGUCCGCCAAAGACCUUGGAUUCGACGAUGAGGAGAAGACUUCCUACGAGAUUGAGCAGGAGCUCAAAGGGAGAGCUGGGGAAGUAGGCGGAUGGGAGACGGUCGAGUAUGAGCCAACGGGGCAGUAUACCGAACCCGCCGAGGCCAGCUCGAGCAAGCGGAAGCUGGGCGAGUACAAUCCGGACGAUGACAAUCACGAGGGGUUCAGAAUACAAAAGAAGAAGGAUCCGUAUGCGGAGGAUGAUUGGGAUCCGCGCUCGGCGAUCAAGGGCAAGGCCAAGGCGGUCAAGGAGGAGAUAAAAGCAGAGGUCAAGGAAGCAACGUCGGAGCGGGGCGUCUGGGCGGCGGCGGACCCGUCAGGAGGGGAGUUCAUCGGGACGUGGGAUGAAGAGGAGCAGCAACAAGUGGAGGUCAAACCUGAGCCGGUCAAGGAGGAGCCCAAAGACACAUCGGGCCUGUUCAAGAAGCGCAGACCACCACCUAGUUCACGUAAGAAGUAG